AUGAUGUCGCCUGAGGCGUUUGGACGUACGCACAAGCGCCAUGUGACGGAUAUUAUCCGAGUAGCUCUUGAGCGGAAAGGUGUAAUCGGCUUUAUCGACGUCCACGACGGAAUGACGCUCCUCGAGGCGCGGACGCUCAUUUGGGAGAAUGUCGAAGACGCACCGGCCGAGUUUCAAUUUGUCCUGGAUGAUGGUGUCCCUGUUAGCGCACGACAAGAGGAAACUCAGAACAUUUCAUCCUUCUAUCCUUUGGUGAGAAUUCGCGAGCAACAUGCUCGCCGAGGGCCAACACCGUCCCCGUUAUCAUCGCCGCGACGAGAAACCAUGAGUACAGCAGGGUCUUUAGCGAGUACAAAUCCAUCGUCCGGCUCGUCGGAGAAGGUGUGCGUGCGUACGGCUUCUGGAGAAGAAUUUCAUGUGUGGGUUACUGAGGACUACACAUUCCAGCAACUACGACGUGAUGCUGCUCGAUACUGGAAUAUCGCUGCUAGCGAGGUCGCAUUAGUUGACGGAGAAGGUUGUUUGUGGCCGGAACAAGCCAAGAUUCUCUCAUUAAUGAGUGUGGAAGAUCUUCACAGCAAUGGAAUCAUCCUCGAAUACAAAGGGGGCACAAUCGCGGCCAGAGUCACAAGCAGCGUCAGUCUGAAAGAUGCCAUGAGCGUUGCAGCAGGCGGUAAAGAUAAACGACCAAGCUCACGACGUGCAAUUUCAGCUUCAACGCUCGCAUUACCGCUACCUCAGGCGAUGAGUCUCUCGAGAACAAGUCAAUCAGACUCUUCGUUUAGAUUGCGGCGGGCAUUGUCAGCAUCAGAACCUGACGUGACUUUUGCUGACUCGAUGCUCUCAGCCCCUGCUACAAAUCCUGUGGAAGAACUGUGGCGAAUUUUUACUUUCUACUGCGUAAAUGGUGACAGUAUGGAACUGGAGUACUUGAAAGCGCAUCAGUUCAACAAACUCUUACGAGAUUCACGAGUCUAUGGAGGACACUUGACACCAGCGAUGGUCGACAUUAUUUACACCUCGGAGACUAAAGGGAAGCCACAGACAUCCGGCAAGAUGAACUAUGAGGAAUUUCUAAACGCGCUCGUGAAAGUGGCAAGAGCAGCUCACACAAAGGGAAACCGAGCCAACUCCAGCAAGCUCUUGUGUGACAGUGACAAGGAAGACGAGCUAUUCCAGAGAUUGAUGACGGAACAUAUUCUGCCUUUGGCCGCUCGUUGGCCGACCAACACUUGGCUGCAACACACCCAGCGUCUACGAAGACCUGAAAUCGUGUCCUUUAUGUCGAAAUUUCUGGAGUCGCUGGUGGAGAUUUUCAUGUUCUACGCCAAGAGUACGAAUGCGUCGGGAGUCCGGGAGUUCUACAUGUCCUAUGCGGACUACCAGAGAUUUAUUAACGACUUUUGCUUCGCCAAUCUGCAGCUUUCAAGUGUUGAGGCCGCGCACGUUUUCUUGGCAUCUUGCUCAAGUCCUCCUUUCCACGGAGCCCUUUUCGACACAGCAGCUAAUAGUGAGAAAGCACAAUCUGCGGACUGCAAUGAAUCCGGCUCACAGACUGGAGAAAGUGUGUCCAGUUCAGAAGGGGCUGGUGGCAGCAAUGGCGUAGCGGCAAUUCAGCGAAUUCUUGAAAGCAUUGAGGGUGCUAUAGCCUACACCUUUCCGCAAAACCAAGUGGGGCGUAUGUGCAUGGGGGUCUCAGCAUUUCUCGAUGCUCUGGGACGCAUUGGACUAACAACAUUCUCAAAGACAACGUCGCUCAAGACAAUCCACUGCGUAAAGGGGGUAUUUCACCACCUUAGUCGAGGAUUGUCGCGGUCACGAGUGCUGGAGAUCCUGAAAAAUCACGGCUCGACAGCGAUGCAUGCCUCAAAGUUUUACUCUGGCAGUGUAGCGUUUAACAAUAAGUUUCUCGAUAUGUGGCGCUACGAAGGAUCGCCAGAUUAUCUGACGCUCGAUACUACGAUUGGGUAUAUGGGAUCGCCGCAAAAGAUGGUGUCGUCCACUGUACCCGCAGCAGCUGGGCUUUCUACUGGCACUGAAGCUAUUGUCUGCAGCACAGGGGCUCCCUUUGUGGACAAUACGUCUCGUCGAGUAUCUUCGGCCCCGUUUUCAUCUACAUCGCCUUUCAGCGACAAAAACGUACCAAAUGGCAGUGGACGCGGGCGGGAGGCACUUGAUCGGCUUGUACGUAACGCAUUUCUUCGAAAUGCUAUCAGCGCUAAUGACGAUCUGAGCAAUAGAGAAAGACUCCUCGAUGAGAUACAAGCGACGCCCCCACGCAGCCCAAGCCUGCAACUGCGAAUGAAUUUUAUCUCGUCAUCACCACCGCCUUCACCACUUGCGAAGGCUUCACUGCGCAAAGAAGACGAAAAAAUGUUUUUCGAGAGUAUUCUACUGGAAGGCGGUGUCUUCAAGAAAUACGGGCAGUGGGGAAAUCCUCAUCGACGAUUUGUCUGGUGCUCGAAAGACUUCGACUCGGUAUAUUGGAGACCGCUCAACAAGAAGAGUAACCUUACAAAAGAUGGCAUCUCGGUGGACUCGAUGAUAUCCGUUCUGCCUGGAAACUCCACACGCACACGCUACGCUUUCAUGAAGCACUUGUCCGAGGAUAAGGCUAUCGGUCGUUGUUUUUCCGUUGUCGCGGAGGAUCGUCGUCUCGACCUAGAAGCAGACUCGGAAGCUACACGUGAGCUGUGGACCAAUGCACUCAUGUUCCUGAUGAGGGAGCAUCGCUCCCAAUCUGCCAGAAAUAACUAACUUAUUAGACAUCCUGAAGCAAAAACAACAUGGCCCAAUAAAGAUCUUCGUUUCCAACACGAACAAGGAGUAAUUCAAUCAGAGUUACCAGCAUUCAUGUUCAGGCGUGCUUGCAACUUCCUAUUUCAAUCAGCACAGGUUUAGUCGGUCUUGAGGCACUUGUCGAGAGACGAGAACUCUGAGUAGAAGGCUGUAAACCAGUCCAGCGUCUUGACCAGGUCCUCUGUGCCACACAUUUCACGGAUACUGUGCAUACUCAGUUGGGCAAGACCCACAUCGAUCGUGCGGAUGCCCGUGUUGGUCGACAGAAUGGGGCCAAUAGUCGAACCACAACCAGUGUCCUGACGCACCACAAAUUCCUGAAUGUCGACGUUGUGACGCCGAGCUAGCUCUUUCAUCAAGAAUGAGGAAGUGCCGCUAGUGGCGUAACGUUCGUUGGCGUUGUGCUUAAUCACAGGCCCAGCAUGCAGAGCAGGACGGUGGUUCUGCUCGUGUCUGUCACUGUAGUUCGGAUGCACACCGUGAGCCAUGUCAGCCGACACCAUGAACGACUUCCUGGCCGCGGCGCCACACAGCUCGCCCUGUGCCACACGCUCCGCCACGGACUGCAUGAAGUUUGAUCCAGCACCCAUAAGCGACUGCGAUCCCACCUCUUCAUUGUCAAACAGUGCUGCUACACGGACGUUCUCGUCGUCCGC